AUGCUCGAGGCAAAUACCGUCUCGAUCCUAGUCCUAGCAUUCUUAAUCCUCUUCCCAAUCUUCUUAAUUCCGAAACUAAAAGGAUGGACCCACACAUCCCAAUCCACAAUCCUUCCACGGCUACGCCUAUGGCGCAAACGCCAAUCCAGCGAGAUCAUCUCGCUACGCAUGUACCCAAUUAAAUCCUGCCGCGGCUUCGAGGUCCAGAAGACUGUUCUCAAAGAACACGGUCUCGACCUCGACCGCCGCUGGAUGCUCGUCGAUGCCGCGACGAAUGAGUUCUUGACUAUCCGCCAAAUCCCAGAUAUGACACGCAUUGGCACGGCUUUGAGCGACGAUGGCCUGGAUCUGCUCGUUACUAUCCCGGGCGCUGAGAGCGUGCAGACUGUUCGCGUGCCGUGCCAUCCGUCGCAUGACUGGUUGGCAAAUAAUACGACCGUGGCACCAGUCAAAAUCUGGGAUAGUGAUACAGAUGGGUAUAUCUACAGCGACAGCGUCAAUGCCCCCUUCUCUGCGUUCCUGGGGCGACCAGUCGCGCUGGUUUACAAGGGUCCGACACCGCGUGUUCUAAAGGGAAACGGCGCGCCUAAACUUCUGGGCCGUGUCCAGACAACCGGAUUCCCUGAUGUCUUCCCUAUCCUUGUCGCCUCGGAAGCGUCGCUCUCGGAACUGAACGUCCGUCUCCGUCAAAAAGGCGUAGACCCAAUUACCGUCGAGCGGUUCCGACCUAACAUCGUCAUCCGGGGUGAAUCGCCCUGGAGCGAAGACUCCUGGAAAACAGUCCGGAUUAGCGCGGAGAACAAAGCGCCGCUGGAUCUGGAUAUUGUGGCGCGGUGUGCGAGGUGCCUGGUGCCGAAUGUGGAUCCGGAUACGGCGGCUAAGCAUAAGAAGCAGCCGUGGGAUAUGUUGAUUUCGUAUCGUAGGGUCGAUGAGGGUAUUAAGUGGAAGCCUUGUUUUGGGAUGUUGGGUGCGCCGAGGAGUGAGGGUGUUGUUGAGGUGGGUAUGCGGUUGGAGGUUUUGGAGGAGACUAACGAGCAUCGGUAUAUUACUGGGUUUUGA